AUGAAGCAGGCCCGUCAUGAAGAUGCCCUGAGGAUCCUCCGAGAGGUCGAGGACCUGGUGAAGGAGGAGCCUGAGAGCAGGGGCGAGGAAGAUGAAGAAGCUCGUCUGUGGGAGUUCUUCGAGACGCUGUAUCGGAAUAUCGCCUGGGCGCUCUCGGCGAUGUCCAAAGAGGACGAGGCCCUCGCCUACGUCGACCGGGCCAUCUCGGUGAAACAGCGGGUCGGCCGUGAGCCGACUUGGUUCGAUUUCUGGGAUCAGGGUCGACUCAAG